UAGAACAAUACCAGUUGAUAGAAAUAAGAAACGUGAAGUUUGUGGUUUUUCAAAAUGUCAAGUUACCUUCAUAUAAAAGAGAAUUCGCAAAUUUCGUAUGAAACGAUCCCUGAAAGAUUGCGUAAGAGAGCUGAAAAAUAUCCAAACAGAGUGACAAUUGUUUGCUAUGAUGCAGAAUUCCAAAGACACCAAAUAACCAUGAAAGAGAUGUACGAUGAAGCGGUGAAGUUCGCAAAGGCUUUGAUGAAACUAGGCAUUAAAAAAGGAGACAAGGUUGCAUUUUGUGUUCCUAAUUGUGUGGAAUGGAUGAGCUACGAUAUUGGAAUUAUGAUGACGGGAGCAUAUUCUAUGAGACUAAUGUUUGGAUUAGCAGAUAUGAAAUCUAUUAUAAAAGGAUGUAGUGCUGUUGUAUUUAGUUCCAAAUCUACUUGGGACAAUUUCUUAUCUAUUGCACAAAUAAAUGAUAAUGGAAAAGUAUCUAGCGAAGUGUGUCCCGAUUUGAGAUUUGCCAUUGAUGUAUCCAAUACACAUGGACCAGCCAAUGCUUUAUCUGCUGCUAAAUUGAUGGCAGAAGUAAGUGACGAUGUCGCAGUUGAAUUUCCUUACAUUGACCCAGAAGAUAUUGCAUCAAUCAAUCAGACUUCCGGAAGCACAGGUGUGCCUAAAUGUAUUUGUCACAGCCAUUUUGAAUACUUAAACUUGCCAGAUUCUGAUUUUAAUGAGACUUCUUAUUUUACUAUAUUUAGUAGUCGUCCAAUGGGAUAUAUUGGAGGAUAUCCUUUGUUUGUGAUAACCAGAGGAUCAUUAUAUAUAGUUGGAGACGUAGAAAUGUUGAAUGAUCCGAAGAAUCUCGAUUUUAUCAUAAACAUAUGGCAGAGUGAAAAAUGCAACAUAGUUGGGAUCGCACCACAGGAUUUGAAACGAGUUAGCGAUCGCGGAUUCCGAGUUAAUAUGAUAAUGUCAUUUGGAGACUUAAUUACCCGGGAUAAAAUAGAACAUGCUUUUAAAAUUGCAGAUAGUUUCUUAGUUGUUUAUGGAAGUACUGAAGUUUUCACCAUAUCUCAUCGAAUUUUUACUCCAGAAAAUAUUUCAGAACAUCGGCAAGGAAUGCUGGGGCGACCAGUUGAAGGAACAGAAAUCAAAAUUGUUGACGAGGAGAAGAGAGUUGUAGAUAUUGGAAAGGCAGGGCAUUUGUAUUUUCGAAGUAAAUGGGUAACAAAAACACAUCUGGAUGGUACUUCAUGUUUAGAAAAUGGUUGGUUUCCAACAUCAGAUAUUUGUUAUUUAACUGAAGAGGGUGAUCUCAUAAUGGUUGGAAGAAGCACAGAUUUUAUUAAAAAGUGUACAGUAAAGUUAUCUAUUAAACUUAUUGAAGAUUACGUCGGACACCAUCCGAGUGUAGAUGCUGUGGUUGUUGUACCAAUUCCUGACGAGGCAGUUGGAGAACGUGUAUGCGCAUGCGUUACCCUUCGACCAAAUCACGAGUUCAAUGAAGAAGAAUUGAAAAAGUUUUGUACGGAAACAAUGCCGCAACCAGAUAACUUUGAUUGUGUGUCCAUGCAUCCUGAUUAUAUUUUAUAUUUUCGUUCAUUUCCACUUUUGGCUAGUGGUAAGUUUGACAAAAAAACUCUGACAAGUUUGGCUCUGAAGGAAAUAAAAAAAUGUAAUAAGAAUUAAAUUAUCAAGAUUAACAAAGGUGUAUCAUGGUUUCCCAUGUUUAAUCUGUAUAUCAUUAGGUUUCCCUUCUAAAUACUAAAUAAUGGCGACAUGCAUCAUUAAAUAUAUACAUUGUGCUGCAAUUUAGUAGACACAUUCACAUACACACACGCACCCCCACACACUCACUCACACCUAAGUGUAUUAAUAUUAAUCACCUUUCUCUACUUUUUUAUCUCGCUCUUUCUCUCUCCCCCCUCUCUCUUUCACAUGCAAAAACGCAUGUACACACUUACUCCACCUCCACAACUAACUAAAGUAUACCGGGUGAGACUAUUAUAUAGAUUUACAUGUGUCUGGUAAAUUUUCGGUCAAAUAUAUGUAUAUAUAUAU